CGCGCCUUGAGCGCCGGGCGCGUUUAAACCCUCCCCAGCCCACUGGCUCCCGCCGUUGGAAUCUACUGCUCGGGGCUUGGCUGAGACCACCGUUCCGCUGGCCCUCAGCCCGCUUCGCUCAGCUCCCCCCCGAAACCAUGACCUCUGAGGAGGCGCGGCACCUGCUCUUUCAGUCUCACAUGGAAACAAAAUCUUGUAUGUCCUCCCAAGUAUCUGAUGAUGAAAAGAGAAAAAGAGAAAAUAUCCGUUCUUUGACUAUGUGUGGCCAUGUUGGUUUUGAGAGUUUGCCUGAUCAGCUGGUCAACAGGUCCAUUCAGCAAGGCUUCUGCUUCAAUAUUCUUUGUGUCGGGGAGACUGGAAUUGGAAAAUCAACGCUGAUUGAUACAUUGUUUAAUACUAAUUUUGAAGACCAUGAAUCCUCACAUUUUUGCCCACAUGUUAGACUUAAAGCUCAGACAUAUGAACUCCAAGAAAGUAAUGUUCGAUUGAAAUUAACCAUUGUGAAUACAGUGGGAUUUGGUGACCAAAUAAACAAAAAAGAAAGCUACCAACCAAUAGUUGACUACAUAGAUGCUCAAUUUGAGGCCUAUCUCCAAGAAGAACUGAAGAUUAAGCGUUCUCUCUUUAACUAUCACGAUUCUCGUAUCCAUGUGUGCCUCUACUUCGUCUCACCAACAGGCCACUCUCUGAAGACACUUGAUCUCUUAACCAUGAAGAACCUUGAUAGCAAGGUGAACAUUAUACCAGUGAUUGCCAAAGCAGAUGCAAUUUCUAAAACUGAAUUACAGAAGUUUAAGAUCAAACUCAUGAGUGAACUGGUCAGCAAUGGCGUCCAGACAUACCAGUUCCCAACAGAUGAUGAAACUGUUGCUAAAAUCAAUGCUUCAAUGAAUGGACACUUGCCAUUUGCUGUUGUAGGAAGUAUGGAUGAGGUAAAAGUUGGAAAUAAGAUGGUCAAAGCUCGUCAGUACCCUUGGGGUGUUGUUCAAGUGGAAAACGAAAACCACUGUGACUUUGUAAAGCUCCGGGAAAUGCUCAUUUGCACAAACAUGGAGGACCUGCGAGAACAGACCCACUCUAGGCACUACGAACUGUACAGGCGCUGCAAACUAGAGGAAAUGGGCUUUACUGACGUGGGCCCAGAGAGUAAGCCGCUCAGUCUUCAAGAGACCUACGAAACCAAAAGACACGAGUUUUAUGGGGAACUCCAGAGGAAGGAAGAAGAGAUGAAGCAGAUGUUUGUGCAGCGAGUGAAGGAGAAAGAAGCCAUACUAAAAGAAGCUGAAAGAGAGUUACAGGCCAAAUUUGAUCACCUCACAAGAGCCCAUCAAGAAGAGAGAAUGAAGCUUGAAGAAAAGAGAAGACUUUUGGAUGAAGAAAUAAUCUCUUUCUCUAAAAAGAAAGCUACCUCUGAGAUAUACCAGAACCAGACCUUUAUGGCAAUGGGCAGCAACCUAAAGAAGGACAAGGACCGUAAGAACUCCAAUUUUAUGUAAAACAAAGGUUCCAGAUAACAGAAAGUCAUCACAAGCGAAGUUAUUAAAAUGUUAGAAGUAUGCUGUGAUUUUUCUUGCUUAUUUUAUUUGUUCUAUCUGGCAAGUGGCCACAGUUCCAUAAGUGGCCAUUUAUGGAAAAAUACUCUUAAGUAUAAAUAAGAUCAAUAUAUAAGCCCA